AUGCCAUUGCUUUCUUCAAAAUUUACUUCUUUAGCAAAGCCAUUUGCAAAAUGUGCCAGAUUUGCAGCCAGUAAUCCUUUUCAUGUGAUUCUCAUUACAUUGCUAGCUACUGCAAUUGCAUACCUACACGUUAUAGAAUACUAUGUUAAUGGAUGGAAAGUAGAUACAACUCGUAAUUCAUUGUUUCAACCAGGUUUGGUUGUUGAUACAUUGGAUUCUACCAAUUUUUUUUACAAUUCAACAAUUAAUACUUGGACGGAAAUUGAAGACAUGGAAAGAUAUUCUUCAUUUGAUAAAUAUUAUUUGUUCAAUUUGUGUUUUAAAACUACUGACGCCAAUAACAAAUUACCAGUUAUCAACAAUCUUUUAUUAGACGAUGCUGCCAAUGACAACGGAGACAACAAUAAUAGUGGUACCAGUAGUAGCAAUAAUAACAAUACAGUUUAUGUUUUACAAGAGAGUUUGGAUUUACCUACUGUUAUGAAUGGUCCUAAUACAAUUUGGAAGUUGAGACCCCAAAAGUAUAAACUGGAAAAUUUGAAAAAUGGUUUAAAGAAUUUUUAUUCUCAAUGCUCUACUCAUUUAACAAGCGCUGAUCCAAUUGAUAUUUUCAUUAUUGGGUCCGCAUAUGUAGGCAUGUUUUAUUCAAUUGUUAGCCUAUUUAUCGAUAUGAGAAAAACGGGCUCUAAGUUUUGGAUUAGUUUAUUCACUUUGGUUAACACAGGUUGUUCAUUAUUCUUGGGGUUAUAUACUUGUCAAAACAUUUUUGGCAAAUAUGUUCCAUUUUUAAGUUUAGUUGAGGGUAUUCCCUUCAUCAUAAUUAUUAUGGGGUUCAAAUACAAGAUCAAAUUGUCAGAAUACGUAAGAACUCAAUACGCCAAGUCUGGUUUCUAUAGUAAGAAGCAUUUGACACCAAGUGAUAUGGUUUACAACUCAAUGUUGGAAGAAGGUGGUCGUCUGGUUCAAGACUACUCUAUUUGUGCAGUUUCUUUCACUGCCUGUGCCUUUUUAACAACACAUCUAGACGUUUUGAAUAGUUUUAGUGUUUUGGCUGCUUUGAUUAUCUUCUUUGACUUCAUUUUAACUUGCACCUUUUUUUCUUCAGUUUUAUCGCUAAAAGUGGAAAUUGAUGUCAUCCAAAGGUCUACUGAAAUUGAACAAGCAUUGGAGGAGGACGGUGUCCUACUAACUACUGCAGAGCAUGUGUCUGAAGAAGAAAUUACUAAAUCAAAAAAUAGCUUGAUAACGUCUCCAACUAGCAUUACCUUUUUCAAACUAAUUGUUAUAAUUGCAUUUUUUGGUCUUAAUUUUUACAACUUUGCCUAUAGAUGGACAUAUAAUACUUUCUCCACUAUUUAUCAAUCGGAAAAUGGUAAAAAUACUUUGGGGCCUAUUUCGUUAAUAAAAGAUAAAUUUUCUAAGAGUGUCGUAGUUUCCGUUGUUCCAACUCAAUAUUACGAAACUUCUAAAGUUUACAACCAGGUUGAAGAUUCUUUGUAUCUGCUAAUUAGAUAUAUAGCCGUGGCUAUUCGUGAUAGAUUUGUUAGCAAGUUUUUAUUUUUUUGCUUUAUCGUAAGUGUAUCAAUUAAUAUUUAUCUAUUAAAUGCAGCAAAAAUCCAUACUAAUUUGGCUGCCAAAAAUUACAAGAAAAAGAAAAUUGUAAAGUCUUCCACACUCCCCUCUGCUGAAUCCUCUACCCCUUCUCCUUCUAGUGUUACUAAUACUACUACUGCUACUGCCAAUUCCAGCAAUGCUGGUAGAUCCUCCUAUAUUGUAUCAACAUCAUCAUCUUUGUCCAUCAACUCCAACAAUAGUAGUAAUUAUGAGUUGGACAGUUCAACUGAAGAUGAAAACGAAAGUACACGUUCCUUGGAAGAGUUAGAAUCAUUGAUGAAGGAUGGUCACUUAACCUCUUUAAAAAAUAAAGAGGUUGUGACUUUGGUUGUGAACAAGAAAUUACCAUUGUAUGCGUUGGAAAAACAACUAGGUGACAAUACUCGUGCUGUUGUUGUUCGUCGUAGAGCCUUGGCCAUUUUAGCCAAUGCUCCAAUUUUAGAAACGGAAGGCUUACCUUAUAAGAACUAUGAUUAUGACCGUGUCUUCGGUGCUUGUUGUGAAAACGUUAUUGGUUAUAUGCCAAUCCCUGUUGGUGUUAUUGGUCCACUAAUCAUUGAUGGUGUUCCCUACCAUAUUCCAAUGGCUACUACUGAAGGUUGUUUGGUUGCAUCUGCUAUGCGUGGUUGUAAAGCUAUUAAUGCAGGUGGUGGUGUUACCACUGUUUUGGUUAAAGAUGGAAUGACCAGAGGCCCAUGCGUUAGUUUCCCCAGUUUGUUGAGAGCCGGUGCUUGUAAACUUUGGUUGGAUUCAGAGGAAGGCCAGAACAAAAUCAAAAAGGCUUUUAACUCUACUUCUCGUUUUGCUCGUUUACAACACGUUCAAACCUGUUUGGCCGGUGAUUUGUUGUUUAUUCGUUUCAGAACCACCACUGGGGAUGCUAUGGGUAUGAACAUGAUUUCCAAAGGUGUGGAAUUUUCAUUAAAACAAAUGGUGGAAGUUUUUGGGUGGGAAGAUAUGUCAAUUGUAUCAGUUUCAGGUAACUACUGUAUCGAUAAAAAACCAGCCGCUAUUAAUUGGAUUGAAGGUCGUGGUAAGAGCGUUGUUGCGGAAGCCACAAUUCCCGGGGAUGUUGUGAGGAAAGUCUUGAAAAGUGAUGUUAAGGCAUUAGUUGAAUUGAACAUUAGUAAGAAUUUGAUUGGAUCUGCUAUGGCUGGUUCUGUUGGUGGAUUCAACGCACAUGCAGCUAAUUUAGUCACUGCUUUAUUUUUGGCCUUGGGUCAAGAUCCAGCUCAGAAUGUUGAAUCAUCUAAUUGUAUUACAUUAAUGAAGGAGGUCGAUGGCGACUUGAAAAUUUCCGUGUCUAUGCCAUCUAUUGAAGUUGGUACUAUUGGAGGAGGUACUAUUUUGGGUCCACAAGGUUCAAUGUUGGAAUUAUUAGGUGUAAAGGGACCACAUCCAACUGAACCAGGUUCUAAUGCUCGCCAAUUGGCCAGAAUUGUAGCAUGCUCUGUAUUAUCCGGAGAAUUGUCCUUGUGUUCUGCCUUGGCAGCUGGACAUUUAGUUCAGAGCCACAUGAUCCAUAAUCGUUCCAAGGUAAAUGCUGCACCAGCAGUGCCAGCCAAGGAGGAUCUAAAUCGUCUAAAAGAAGGUUCUGUCACUUGCAUCAAAUCAUAA